GGUUGGUGUGUGUGUGUGUGUGUGUGUGUGUGUGUGACACUGCUCUCUCUGGGGUUGGUUUACAGUCUCAGGGAUUUUUACGCCAUGUGGAAAGUCACUAUGGAGCCGCUCUCUCUCUCUCCCUCUCUCUCUGGGGCGGAGUGAGAUGAGGAGAGGGAUCGAUUCCCGAGAGGCGAUGUGAUCCCUCAGUGAGGGGUGAGAGCGGCGAUAUCAGCCCAGCGAUGGACACCUCGAUUACUCUCUGGCAGUUUCUCCGGCAGCUCUUGGACGAGGAGAAGAACGAUCUGAUCUGCUGGACGUCCAAGGACGGGGAAUUCAAGCUGCGGAACGCGGAGGAGGUGGCCCGGCUCUGGGGGAUGCGCAAGAACAAAACCAACAUGAACUACGACAAGCUGAGCCGAGCUCUUCGCUAUUACUACGACAAGAACAUCAUCAAGAAGGUGAACGGACAGAAGUUUGUUUACAAGUUUGUGUCGCUGCCCGACCCUGUGACGCUGGAGGCCGAAAAGUACACCGGCUCAGAGGGGGGGUGGGCGGUGCACAGGCCGAAGGAGGAAGGGCUUUGUCUGCAGAAGCAGCUGAAACCCACGGCCAGGGUCUCUCCCAGGAAUGAGUACAUGCGAUCUGGACUUUACUCCACCUUCACCAUCCAGUCGCUGCAGCACAGCAGCUACAAGCCCAGGGCAGCAGGAGACUCCCCGAGAAGCUGCUGCUCCGAGCCGGAGAGGAAACUGUCGGAGCUGUCAGCAGAGGAGCUACUGGCGGUGUCCGAGGGUCAGGCCUUGGGGGAGCAGCACCAGGGAUCUGACCUCGAGGAGCCUCCGGCAGAGGCCAGCGAUGAUGCUUCUCACCUGAGUGAUUUCAAGGUGAAAGUGGAGGCGGAGGAGGGGUCGGAGCAGGGCCCCCCCGUGCCUGAGUCUAUCUCCAUCGACCUGGAGAUCCUGGACUCCCCUGAAGACCUGUCAGAAAGUGUCAGCAGCCUUCAGCCUCCGAAGCCCAAGAAGCCAAACCUGGAGCUGCCGGCCACAUCCCCCAUCACCCGGGCGAGCCCACCCCCGGAUAAGACUAAUGCGGGAGUGCUGAGCACUGUGGUGUUCCCCAGCCCCAGCGCUCUGACCCCCACACUGAUCGCACAGCACGUCCAGAAUCCAUUCAUCCUGACACCAAGCGCUUUGCCGUCGGUCAUUCAUUUCUGGAGCACACUCAGUCCUAUAGCCCCCAGGAGCCCCGCAAAGCUCUCCUUCCAGUUUCCUUCAGCGGGCAGUAGUCAGAUCCACAUCCCCAUUGCCAGUGUGGACGGGCUGUCAACGCCCAUUCUUCCAUCACCAGGACUUCAGAAACCAUGAAGGAGCUCAACACAAAGGAGAAGCGGAGAAAGCUACCCAUGUGGGCGGAGUGCACGCUCUGGUGCAAACGUUCUUGAGGGAGAGAAGUUCAAACCGGCCAUUGAACUGUCCCUCGUCCAGAGCUUCAGGGCACAAUGUCGUUCCAGAGCUCCUGACACAGCCCGUCCAGAGAGGUCAACCUGAAGCUCAGCUCUCUGUCUACCUGAUGCUGCCUCAAGUGUUGCCACUUCUGACCCAAUGCCAGGUUGUGAGGCUGAGAUCUGCGUUUGUGCUCUGACAUCGCUUGUUAUCAGGCACCAGGACUCAAUGACAACAACAAAUUGCAUUUUUGUAGCAUCUUUCACGUCAACAAACAGAUGUGGGAGAUGGAUGUCUAUUCGUUCCCGUCUGGUACUCAACGCCUUUUGGGUAACCCAUAAGAUUGGUCUGGAUGUGAAGUGGGUGAGGUGGACAUUCACCAAAGCGGAGGAACUAGUGUUGAGAGCAGACGCAUUUGUGAUUGAAGGGAGAGGCCCCAAUUGUGAUGGGUGCAGCAACCUUGUAUAUGGUCCCUAAGCCUGGUCUCGGAUGUUUGUGCCCGUGUCUGUAUGAGUGUGUAAAUGGGAGUGAUGAAACAGAGCGUCAAUAUUGGUUCAGACAGUGCCAUUCACACGUGGACAUCGUGUCUGGCAAUCUACUGUUUAUAAUGUUGCUGUGUUGCCCAGCCGGGUGAAGGAUGGACAGUCGCACGCAUGUGGAAACCCACCCUCGCCCCAUGGGGCUCAAGAGCAUCCGAUCUGAACGGCUGGGAGGUCCACAUAAUGGGUGGGAUGGAGUGCGCACUCUCUCUGUUGCCUGGAGGGAUGGACUCUAUUCAUUAUUAUUAUGCAGAGCAAUGGACAAGUGGGCACCAGCACACUACAGGGCUGUCAGGUUAAGUGGUAGGUAUUGGGGUUUUGAGGCUCUGUUGCCUUUGAUUCUCUGCUUAUAGUACAGACUGGGUAAAGAAGGCCCUUUGGCCCAUCUAAUCUCAUCCAGAUCACCCACCCUAUUGUACCCCCAUCACUGCAUUGAGCUGUUUUUUAAAUGCGUCUAA